AUUUUUUUAGGAUUUUGAAAGAGUGGUGAGUUGACCGGCGAAAUUGCGCGAGCAAUGGAUGAUCCGUGGGAAUUGCCGAAUACGGUGAAGAGUAGCAUUCUGAUCGAAAAUAUUCCGUCUGGUGGUAAUCUUUCGGAUUUAUCGGCGAUUGAUCCAGGAUUCCCGCAAAAAGGUGCGAAUGAUCCUGUGCCGAACAGUGCUCGUUAUGCCGAUCAUGGCGGUUGGACGAGCCCUGAGUUCCGCGUUUCUCAACCGUCUGAUCUGAGAAACGUCCCGUCGAGGACUCCUAAAACCCAGCCACCGCGGCGUGUGAAUUUCAAUAAUACUACCGGGAGAAUUCUGGAGCCUCGUCGAUUUUCAUCCAAGGAGAACAGGAAUCCAACGGAAAACCUCCCAUUUGACCCUCCGACGGUGCAUCCAUCAUCUGAACAAGAAUUGGAAACCGGAUUAUUGCGUCAGCUGGUUGCCGACCAAAACAAGCGGCUGAAUGCUCUUCAAAAGCAGUUGCAGCAAUCUCUUAAACUACAGCAGACACAGCAGGAACAUUUCCAACAAGCGCUUCAACUGCUGGCUGUAAGGCAUGGGUCUGGGGCUUCGUCGUGUGGUUGUGCUUCUGGAGGUCCUUCCACCAAUUGCUGGACCGUGGCAAACGGAAAGAAAUCCAUUGCGACGCAAACGAGCAUCGUUGAAGGUCCGGAGUCAAAAACUGUGUUGUUGGGGGAACACAGAUCUGUUGGAUGUGGGACAGAAGAGCAAGGGAAACAAGUUGCUGUCGUUGAUAAUCCAUCGAAUGAGCAAUUCUACGAUAACAUUAUGGCACGUGUGGCUGAUUUUCUGCAUAAGUCCGGUAUCGCUCCUGUGAAGGAUCAAAUGGUUCCUCCGGGUGAUGAAUCGAAGAAAAAGAAAGCUAAAAAUAAGAAGAAGCGGAGCAAACAAGUGGAAGUUUCGCGUCAACCGGAAGACGCGGCUUUGGAAGCGACGUUAAGGAGGCUACGGGACUGUGGUGCCAGUUUUGUGGACAUGGACGAUCUUCGACGUGAAGCUGUCGCUGCUAUUCGCAAUGGGCCAGUGCACCCGGGGUAUCCCAAUGCUUUCGCCAAGCCCGAAUUUGGGCAUUGUUUACCUGCUCCGGGGAAGAGUAGGCGAGCUAAAUCUUCUGGUAAGCGAAAAGUUGCUCCCUCGUUGCGGCGACGAGGUGGAAUGGACGAAGUUGACGCAGCCGCAGGUCGCAUGAAGUACAUGUCAAUUUUGGUGAAUGACGGGAAACCAAGCAAGGAAGCGAGUAUUGAAAUUAGCGCUGUGGACAUGCAAUACGCGCACAGACAACAUCUUCGAUCCCCAGCAUUGCCGGGAUUCGCUGGAAACGCAAAUCGAUCACCGUGGCAAGCCAAUCACGAUCGAAUGAUUUCAUCUUCCGAUUACACCUCGUCGGAAAUGUCCGAGUCCGAUACUACAGAAGACAGUGAAGACGAAGAAAGCGACGAAGGGAAUCGAGCAUCAUCCGGUGAUCGAAGACCGAUUGUUGCAAAUCCUGCCUUGGGCGGGGAACACAAAUUCGUUGAGAUGUCGUGGUCUCCAGUAAUUAAAGUUCCUCUCAUGGAUGUGACCGCUGUGGUCUGGAAUUUCCAGCGUAUUUCCAAGUGCUCGGAUUUUGAGAUGCGGAUGAUGGAGUGUUACGAGGCUUACGGCAUGAGAAAGGGUGGGAUGAAUUGCAAAGAUUAUGUGGAUGAUUUCAUCGAGUGUACCCGUAACCAGAAACAGAUCGAACGGAAACUCACCAUGUUCCGUCAUCGUCAAGAUAAAAUGAGGAAGGGAGAAUUGACAAAGGAAGAUUAUCUGGAUCCUCCUCCGCUCGAUUCUUUCGAUGUUGUCGCUGGAACGGAGGAAGGCUGGAGUCAAACAGCAAAGAAAGCGUUGGAUGGGGAGGAAGACUUUGUUUGGAAUCUGCCUUUUGACAUCACAUUCAGGAGUACGAACCCUCAGGGUUGGCCUCAAAUCGUCUUAAGUACCUACGGUCUCGACUACUGGGGCAGAGACGUGGUCAGAGGCUACGGUUCGAUCCACCUCCCAGUAACCCCCGGAAGGUGUGUCAAGCGUAUCGCCAUGUUCGUGCCCGAAUCUGCAUCUCUUCUACAGCGUUUCGGCAGUUGGCUUACGGGCACUCGUCCGGAAUACGUCGACCCACGCGUUGUAGCUGGAGGCGAUGGCCGAGAAGUGACACGCGUGCGCACCCAAGGCGUGGCUACCGUCAAGUUCAAUACGAUGCUGAAGGAUUUCUCUGAAAUGGGCUAUGUUGGGGAACGUGGUGAACAAGUUCAAGCCGCCGUGCCGAAAGCGUUUAGAAACUUGAAGCCUGUGGAUAAGCCUGAUACGGACAAGUCAUCCGUGGCUUCUGUUUCUGUUCGCGGAGAUACUCCGUUGGAAUCCAUGUCCACGGAAAAGACCAGGCCGAAGCCUGAAAGAAGGCGGAAAAAAAGUGCUCCUAUCGCUGAUACUUUGGGUUUGCGCCGGUUUUGUGGUUUUUAUCGUUGUGGGUUUUUGAUCAGCCUCUUUGACCUUCUGUCGAUUCUUUGGAAAGGUUUCGAGAUGAAUUUCCGUUGUCGCGCUGUGUUGUAUUCCAUCAGACGCGCUUACGCGUUUCAUCACCACGUUUUGCCCCCGGCGGUGAAGUUGAAUGUAUCCCAACGGGCAUGUUUCCAUUUGUAUCCUUCGCUACGGAACGUAGAUGAGGUCAAGAAGGAUCCUUCUCCUGAGCGCCUUCCUCCCAUUUCCGACCUCCCACACAUUCUAUGGCCUAGUGUGUACAAGACGAUAAAAAAUUUCAUUUUGGCCACGUUCAUCAUUCGGCCGUACUUGGAUCAGGAUUUUUCUGCUUCCGAGUUCAUGAACGGCGCUAAACAGGCGCUGGUGAGCGUGUCUGACUUGUUGUCUCGAGGUAAAUUUGAAGAGAUGAAUGGGCUCGUCACUCCUGAAGCACUGCAGGAGAUCAAGGAGCGCGUUUCCAGCAUGUCAAUGCAACAGCGCACUUCUCUCAAGGUUGAAGAUACUGAUGUGUACCUGUCCUUUCCGUACCAGAUCGGGAUGAUCAUCUAUGAUGAAACUUCUGGAAUCCAAAAAAGAUUUGUGGAGGUGACGGUGGCAUAUCAUGUGUUCCGAGGAUUGCAUACUCUUUUGGAUUCCGGGAACGUUCCGAGAGAUCCCAUGAGCAGUCCGGAGCACAGGAAAAACAUCAUGGUUUGCAAUUACAGAACAACCCGAGUUUCACUGCGCAUAGAACAACCCGAGUUAGAGCUGACCAUGUUUGCUUUCCAGAUGGAUAUUCAAAUGGUGCCGUCGAUCAGCUCUGUACAGAGAAUGGCGCUUUAUGAAACAAAAGCGAGAUUUUACCUAGUGGGUUCAAAUCAAAACCAGAACGCCUUCAGGGUUCUGAAGAUAGAUCGCACGGAACCAGAGGAUUUGAUCAUUAUGGACGACAAGGUUAAAUACAGUCAAGAAGAGAUCAGGAAUUUGUUGAAUAUGAUCGACAGUGGGAAUAAAUCCAGAGAUACUCAACUGAGUGGCCGUGGAGUUCAAGGGGGACUGAGCAAGUGUGUAUCUGCUUUUGGAAUUUUCGGUUUCAUACGAUUUUGUGAGGGAUAUUAUCUAAUUUUGAUCACGAAGCGGAGGAAAAUUGCUGCGAUUGGCUACAAUACGAUUUACAAAAUUGAGGACACCAGAAUGAUCAGAAUUCCAAAUGAUUCUGUUCGCCAAUCACACCCUGACGAGCCGAAAUACCUUCGUCUUUUUCAGAGCAUCGAUUUGUCGUCCAACUUUUAUUUCAGUUACAGUUACGAUUUAAGCCACACAUUGCAGUACAACCUCUCACCCGCUCGAAGAAUUCUUGUGCCAUCGCAUCUGGUUGACGCGUACAACGUAGCGGAUAAAUCUGAUCCAAAAGUUAAGAUGCGAAGGGUUGAGAAAAAUUCCCACCAUGGAUUCCAGUGCAAUUUUGGCGCGUUCGAAGAGCUUUUUGACAGUUUGCAGACUGUCCUCCGCAAGCAAAAUCCCAAUCGAGACGCUUCGAAAGAGAGAGAAAAGAUUGCUGCGGUGGUGAACGUGCCGAACAAUUCCUUCGUUUGGAACGCUGCUUUGAUGCAGCCCGCUGUAGACGCCGGAGUGCAUUCCGACUGGGUUCUACCGAUUACCCACGGGUUCGUCGGCCAGUCGAAUGUGUCGAUCUUCGGUCGUUGCUUCUACCUGACACUGGUGGCGAGGCGGUCCACUCGAUAUGCUGGCACGCGGUACUUGAAGCGAGGAGCUAAUAUUCAUGGUGAUGUAGCGAAUGAAGUUGAAACUGAACAAAUUCUGCAAGAUGCAGCAUUAUCGAAGUUGGGUGGCAUUAACGGAGCUCGUGUGACGUCUUUUGUCCAACUUCGUGGAUCAAUUCCUGGUUUAUGGAGUCAAGAUAUCUCGAAGAUGGUUCCAAAGCCGCCGAUCAUCUUUCACCUUGCAGAUCCGUAUUCUCAAAUUGCUGGUGCGCAUUUCAACAAACUGUUGAAAAACUAUGGCAGUCCCGUUGUGGCCGUGAACCUUGUGAAAAAGAAGGAGAAAAAGCGCCAGGAAACUCAACUGAGUGAGGAGUUCAGCUUCGCGAUACAAAAUCUCAACAUGUUUCUUCCGAGUCCGCAUGAAAUCCAGUACGUCGCCCUUGACAUGGCAAGAAUCAACAAGAUGAAAGCCAACGUAAUGUCAAGACUAGCAUCGAUUGGACACCAUUGCGUAAAGCGAACUGGAAUUUACUUUUCUCAUGAAUCUUAUAAGGCACAUGAAGCAAAUCCUGACCCACGGUAUAAGAGUAUGGAGAUUAGGAGGAGUUUUUAUGCCAGUGGUCGGCAAACCGGAGUAGUUCGAGUGAAUUGCGUCGAUUGUUUAGACCGGACGAACACGGCCCAGUUCGCGAUCGGAAAAUGCGCUUUGGCGUAUCAGUUUUAUGCCUUGGGCGUGACUCAGCGUCCGGAGCUGGAAUUCGACUCGGACUGCGUCCGCAUGCUUGAAAUGUUGUACGAGGACCACGGAGAUGUCUUGGCCUUACAGUACGGCGGGUCCCAACUGGUUCACCGCAUUCAAACGUAUCGCAGAACCGCUCCGUGGACAGCCCAAGGCUCGGAUAUUAUGCAAACCUUAUCCAGAUACUAUUCGAACACAUUUUCCGACAACGACAAGCAGAAUUCCAUCAACUUGCUGCUGGGUGUUUUUCGGCCUUCAAAAGGCAAGCCGGCGAUUUGGGACAUGAGCUCAGAUGUGCACUUGCAUAAUGACUUGCUGUCAGCUUCCGGUAAAAGUUGCUCCCAGUGGUGGGAUAACGACGUGAUGGAAUGUUCGCCGCUCGCCGCGGCUGAGGAACAGAAGCUGUGCUGUGUUGUUGACCUGCCGGACUCCUUACUCAGCGAUGAUGUGGAUGGAUAUUCUGAUUUCUACCGUCCAAACGAACUCGCGGUUUUGUCUGACCUCUUCACUUGGACCAUGAGCCAUUCAUCCAGGGACUUCAUGCCGAAUUUCACGACAGAUUUCAGUCCGUUCUCCGUCCGCGUGCGUCCGGGGAAACGAGCGGAAGCCAAUCCAGGCGCAGUUCGGAAUCCCUCGGUGACCGGACAAAGUUCCUUAUCCUUGACCCCUUCCAGCAACAGUUCGAGCUCCGACUCCGAAGCCAGCAGCGAAGAUGGAAUGGGUUCCUCGGACGAGGAAUGUCGCAUCGUGAGUUACACAGAGCCCGCCAAGGAACGCGUCACGCUGUCGUCGUUUUGCCCAGACGGGAAAGCCGUGUAUGGGAACCUGGUGAAGGACCUGAAACGCAGUGAUGCCCAGCUGUACGAAAAGUUCGCAGCUGUGGCAGCCCUCUCGAAACCGAUGGAAAAAGCUUCAAAUGCGGGCAUUGUUAUCGAUAACUUCGACGACCUGUUUCUUGUCAAGUCGAAGUUCACACGUGACUCCACAGACUGGAAGCCCGUGUCAGUCUCUGAAAAGUCCAGAUCCGUCUACGAAAAGUACAUCGCCACUGGUUUGGAAGGGCCACAAAAGCCGACUGUCAGAGACAUGUACAUUUAUGAGGCGUAUUGCAAAGGAUCUCUGAGGGACAACGACGUGAUUUAGCGGUUCCGUGACGAACGAGGUUCUCAAAAGUUUGCGAAUUCCGUGGAUUUUUGUUCGACGAGGAAUCCCGCAGCUAAUUUUCGGAAUGUGGGUAUUUUUUCAAGGAUGAUUUAUAUAGUGAGCUGUGGAGGAAUUCUCUGUGAGUCGGACGAAAUAAUCGCAAUUAAAAAGUUCUAGGCAUUUUUUGACCCGAGCUGGUUUAGAAAAAUUCGUAACGGUAUCAAUUCCAAGGCCACGUGGAUGUAAAAAGAGCUGGACAACUGGAUAAACAUAUGGAGUUUAAAAUUUUUAAUUUUAGUACUGCAGUACAUGAAGUGAUACUUGCCGUACAAUUUUUUCCAUUUUGAGAAACCCGAUUUAAUUAUUUAUUCAACAUAUUUUCACGUGAUUGGCAGCCAACUUGUUUGACGAAUGAUGUCAGCUAUUUGAUCCUCGACGAGUAAUCAAAGCAAUCCUUAAAUUUAUCCUUCAACUCAUUUCUUUGAAAUGACUUAUGGUAUUUCGAGAGUUGAGGCUUUAAGGCCGAGAUGAGUUGUCUUCUCCGAAAGUGGCAUUUCACCGCUGUAAGUUCGGGAUUAUUCAUAUUUGCUCAUAAGUGCAAUAUGGGUAUUUGACGCUGAAGUUCGAUUGAAAACUAUUUUCUCAUCCACGCAUCCCCAUCAUUUUCUGUUGAGAUCCAAUUUUACAGAAAAUCUUUUGAAUAAAUACGUUCUCUCGUGAAAGCUGGGAAAUAUCGUUCGAUGUUUCCUCGCAAUUAUUUUGCAAAAUUUGGACCAAAUUAUACUCUUGCUCCGAUCAGAUGUUGGAAAAGCUGUGUGUUGGCAUUUUUGCGUCCGUCCUUCUGUGUGACGUAUGAUUAUUCUAGCCAUAAUCCUACCUAUCGUUUCUUCCUUCCAUCCGCAACCUCUUUUCAAAUGCUGUAUUGCAUUCAUGGCUUACUCUCUCAUCGUUUUUUUUUUUUUUGAACGCACAGAUCACCAAGCUUCAAUGAAAGAACGAAAGAAUAUGGAAAAGUUGCAUUUUAUGGUGGAACCCCAUUCCGCUUCUUCUAUUUUUUUUCAAUGUGUAUGUUGCGUCUUUUCUUUGUGUGUGAGUCCUUCUUUCUUGCAUUUUUAUUUUAUUUUACUUUUUUCGAGGAUAGUUAGCAUAUGCUUGCGUGUUACUCGCCUGAACAUGGUUAGCGUCAAGGUGUGACGAAACUAUUCCACGUUUGAAAUUCGUGAACCCCGGCGGGUUUGUGAACCCGCGGACCAGGGUCAAUAGUCGGAAGUGUGAUGGAGGAUUCCGUAUUACUGUAUAAAAAAGGAAGAAACCAAAAACGCUGUGAUGUCCGGGUGCUCUGCCUGAUUAGCAUACGCCUGAGGGGAGUGAGCAGCAUGCCUUUAACGGUGGACGGGAUUCUUUUUUCUUAAGCGUAAUAAAAGCGUCGUGUGAGACAAUGAAGCUUUGAUUUUGUUCGUCCCGUUUUUCGUGACCGGAGUUCGGUGCGUCCCAAUGCAGCGUGUACCGAAAACAAUUAAAAGCAUAAUAGAACUGGACUUGAGCUGAAGCAUUUCCAAGACCACGAUUUCCGUGUAGAACAGCGUUUGUGCGGAAUAGUACAGUUUGUCAGUGUUGAACAACGAUGUGUAGUUAAUUUGUUGGG